GUGACUGGGCGUAAGUAGGGCAAGCCGCUUCCUGGUUCUCAGAAAGAAGGAGCAGGGAGUCGGAGUGGGCCGGCGGAGGCAGCGGACAGGGGGGGUCAGAGCUGUGCAGAACGCCGGUCUGCAGGAAAGGUGGAGUGAGAGAAAAAAAAACGCCGACGCACAGUUUGGAGAAGAUUACAACCUCUCGGUUGUGAGGUUGAGGACGACAAGGACUGGCGACCCCCCGCGAAGACAUAAAGACAAGAGUGGGCUGAGUAAAAGAAGAAGAAGUUGAAAAGUUGUCAGGGUGGGUACGGAAUAUCCAGGAAGUGUGGAGCCCGGUCAGGUGGGAGGCGACCGGUCUGAACAGGUGACACACCGGCGCUCAGGUGUAUGAACUCUGCUGAACUCUGAACCAAAGAGGAGGUGGACGUGCAAGAGGCAAAAGAAAGCAGGCACCCAUCUUCUUCUGAGUUUAUGGACUGGAGGUGGCAAUGUCUCCAGGAGAGGACGGUCUAAUUGGGAUCCCCUUCCCGGAGCACAGCAAUGAGCUUUUGUCCCACCUGAAUGACCAAAGAAGGGCAGGGCUCCUCUGUGACCUCACUCUGACAUCUCGUGGGGCACGCUACCCAACUCAUCGUUCCGUCAUGGCCGCCGUAAGUCUCUACUUCCGCCGGUUGUUUGGGGCAGAGGAAGGUGGCGGCGAGGGCGGAGGAGGUUUCAGCGUGUGCCAACUUGACUGUGUGGCACCCGAUGCCCUUGAUGCCCUGCUGGAGUUUGCCUACACUGCCACCCUGACCAUCCCCAGCUCGGGGAUGAGGGAUGUGCUGCAAGGGGCUCAGGUUCUAGGUAUUCAGUGUGUUGCUGACGCAUGCAGAGACAUCCUUGGGGAGACAGCAGAGGCAGAAGGGGAGACAGCCGAGGAGCAGAGAGCCGAACACACAGCUACCAUGAGGAUGUUUCAAGAACAGAGCAGUGUAGUGAAAGCGUCCCGAAGAAAAACAGACAGAAAGAAGUUGAAAAAUAUGGGGCCACAUUACAUUAACUCCUCCGUUUUAAACCCAUCACCCACUUCUCCUGUCUCGCACUCAUCCCCUGCAUCUGACAGCUUUCGCUCCUUGCCGUCUACCCAGCCUCCCAGCCCAGAACUGGGGGAGCGUCACCAAGAAUUUUUCCAGAAUGGAAAUCUCAGGAUGAUCAGAGAGCCAGGAAGAGGGGCAACAAUUAAUGGAGGGCUCCUCCACAGGCUGCAUGAGCGUCCCCUUUUAGCCCAUCCACCUCCUGUCCCACUCUUGAAUAACAAGAUGUCAGAGGAUGACGACAUGGGGGCUUGUGUUGACGAUGCAAUGCUGAUGGGUAGCACCUCCAUAUCUCCCUCUGCAGCAGAUCGAGGAGCAGCUGCAUCAGUAGCGGGAGGUGGGAGGAAGAGGAAGUCUCAGACACCCCAGCAGUGCCCUGUUUGUCAGAAGAUCAUCCAUGGAGCAGGAAAACUGCCCCGUCACAUGAGGACCCACACUGGAGAGAAGCCCUUCCAGUGCUCUGCCUGUGGAGUGCGUUUUACCCGGAACGAUAAGUUGAAGAUCCACAUGAGGAAACACACAGGCGAGCGCCCCUACCCAUGCCCACACUGCUCUGCCCGGUUCCUUCACUCAUAUGACCUCAAAAACCACCUGUCCCUCCACAGCGGUGCAAGGCCCUUUGAGUGCCCACUCUGUCAUAAGGCCUUUGCCAGAGAAGAUCAUCUCCAGCGCCAUCGCAAGGGACACAGCUGCCUGGAAGUGCGCAUACGCCGGCCAAAACGCGGGCCCGAGCUAGGUGAGGAUGAGAUUGUGGAUGGCGGUGGGAGGGAUCAGUCCAACCAACUUGAGGCUUUGUCCCUACAGGCCCACUCCUCAGCUUUUCUUCCGCACGCGUUACUUGAUGGUGGGAGUGUGUCCGGUGCCGGCCCUUCUUUCAUGUUCCCAGGUGAUGUUGAGAGGGGGCGAUCUCUCGCCCUUCAGGCUUUGGCUCAACUUGGACCUCGCAGGCUGGCUGGCUACCCACAGCUAAUCCUGCGAGGUCUUGAGUUGCGAGGCAGAGAGGCUGAGGGAGAAGAUCCAGGAGUUACCCACUCACCGGGUUUGCAGCGUGACCGAUGGGCAGAUGAUGGUGAAGAGGAAAUUGGAGAAGAUGAAGCAGAGGAAGAGGAAUAGUGAAUAGAGAGAGAGUGUGCGUGUGUGCGUGUGUGCGUGUGUGCGUGCGUGCGUGCGUGCGUGCGUGCGUGCGUGCGUGCGUGUGUGUGUGUGUAUGUAUAUGUGUCUGUGUGGUAAAGUAUCCACAGUAAAAAAAAAUCACUCAGGUGGCUGGACUAUUCCUGCUUCUCCCAUAUGAGAGAGCGCUUAAAAAAACAAGUAAAUAAAAAUGAGAGGGAAAAAAAAGGAAAACGGGUUUUCUGAGAUAUUUGAAAAAUUUGUCUUCUGAAUCUUUGCUUUCAGUUAUUUGUCUUUUAACUUUAUUUUUCUUUUGCUGUUUAUUUUUAUGUAUUUAAAGUUUGAGCUGUGUGAUUUGAUUUUCCAGCUUGAGAUGUGUGUUUGAGUGUGUGGUUCCUGGGAUGCUUUUCACUAUGCAAAUCAAAAUCAAAGCAACAUUCAGAGCUGCAACUUUAAGGGAUAUCUAAUAAUCUAUAUUUUUAGUUUUAAUAUAUACGUAUUGAACCAGGUGCAAUUCACAGGUAAUAUCAUCUUGAUCACAAGAAUUGGUUUGUGUGUAUACUGUCCUCUGGUGCUUAUCAGUGGAAGUACAGUCUCAUUCAUCACACUUGUUCUCUACAUUGUGUACAAAAAUGAUAUUUUCUGUAAGUGAUUGAAAUUUUGCUUUAAUUUGGUGCUUAAACCAAAGAUUUUAGUUGAACUGUUUUCUUAAAUCUUAUGUUAACAGGUGGAGAGAGGAGAAUUGUAGCCAAUGUUGGGUUUGAAGAGAAGUUUCUUCCCAACCAUUUUGAAAGCCAUGAGAAAGAAUCUGCUUCUAUAUAUGAGUGUUUCAGAGCUGUAGAGCUUUGUGUUAAAUGCCUGACCAAAAGAGACAAUGCCUGAGUCCAUUAGUUGAUUCUGAUUGUGUUUAAGACGAUUCCUUUUUCCCCUUGAGGCUAUAUAUUUUAGUCUUUCAUUGCACUCUUUGGGUUCCUUGUUUAAAAAAAAAAAAAAGAAAAUAGGUGCAAGAUGAGUGGAUGAAUGAAGAAGUUUGCCCUUUUUUUUUUACUUAUUUAUUUAUUGUUAUUUAUUACAAUUCUUCUGCUGAAACUCCUCUUGAGACCAAAUUUAUGGUGUGACACAGUCCAUUUCUUAUGUAAGUUUUACAAGAAGCAGCAAAGCGCUUUAAGAUUUUUGGCUCAACAUCUCCAUACACCUUAAUGCCUUUUUAAGGGAAUACUUGUCUCUUAUAUCGGCAAUUUGUCCUCAGAAGCAUUCUUUGCACAUUGAACCCUGUCAGGUACUGCAAUAAUUCAGGCACAUUCCAUCCUCCGGGGUACAGAGAAGGGAACAGAAAUUGUCAGGGGUUUAAAAACUUCCACUUUAACACGGUCCUUUUUCUGUUUGACAUUUUCAGCAUGAUUUCCUGUUGUUAAUUCAACAUUUACUGUACUGUAUCACAUGUUAUUGCAUGGCAGUUCUCAUAGAUCAGCCACCAUGUGUUUAAAGGGGCCAUUCACUUUUGAGUUAACAUCUGCGACCAAAAACCUCUUUUGAGUUUAUUCUUGAAUUCUCUGGACCAGUACAUUAACACCUUUUGCAGGGUCUAAUGACAUUAAGUGACAGCAGCUGUCUUUUUACUUCCAAUCCUUGAAACCCAUGUAGUCAGAACCUUGUGUAGCAGUUGUGCUAAUCGGGCUUUGUGUGCACUAUCCACUCUUGUUUUGUAUUUUUGUUUCCUGUUUAUUUGCACUAUGAGAUUUGAGAGCUUUGAGCCUUUUUGAUUGACCUUCAAUAUCUAAUCCAUUAACUCACUCGAUUAAGAUUGUGAUUGAAACCGAAAUGCUUCUUUAAAACCCACAUACGUUGAAUAUUCUUCCUCUUGCAUAGCACAUAAUAGUACAGAGUUAUUGUCAAUAUAAUGUAUAUUGGAUGAUGUUGCCUUAGUUUUUUUUUUGUGCUUCAACUAUUCUCAGGAAACCUUGAGCAAUGCACUAAGUGAUUAUACAAAAUGAAAAAUGGGAAUAAAUGGCCUGGUGCUGCUGGACAAUUGACACCCUUCAUACAAGUGUAAGACCAGUAGAUUAAAAUAAGAGAUUUUGUAUCGUAUUGACAAACGAAUAAACCAAUUGCAAGACAAAAUCAGAGAAAUUAUCGUAAUAAGCUAGUGGCCUUACUGGAACCAGUCCUACUGGAUUGACAGUACGACAGUUGGUCUUGUUCCUGCAGGGUGUUGGUUUUCCCAGUCAGCGCUUGUGAAGGAAUAAGGGUUAUCUGAUGCCAGCUGUGAAAUGUGUUUCUAUGUGAGCUCUUUGUUUUCUCGGCUUCGGUGAAGGGACAUGGGGUCUGGUCUAACGAGGGACCCCGCUAUCAGGGAUACAUUUUUGUCUUUCAGUUUUUAGUGGAAUCUUCUCAAAAGACAUGAAUUCAUUUUCCCAUCAUUUGUUUCAGUUAAUGUAAAGGAAUAAUAAAGAUCUAUAUGCUUGCUA